AGAAGAAGAAACUGGCAAGAAGAGAUACAAAUGGAAGGGCCGAUCUGAAUUCCGAGAGGAUUGCACCGAAAAUCUAUCGUCGUCGUCUUCUUCCUCCAAAAUUGGCUGGACCAGAGCUUGAUUCACGUUGCCUUGCCUGAGUGCUAAUAAUUACUAGUGUUGAGGAGAGAGAGAUAACAGUGUCAAAAUCUCUCUAUAUGUCCGUGGCUGCUGUUGCUGCUGACCCUCGGAAAUCUCACUCCGAGAGGGUGAGGAAGAAGAUGUGGAGGUUCUGUCCCUUAUGGCAGUCACCUUCUUCUUCUUCUUCUGAUGCUGCUGCUGCUGCUGCUGCACACAACAUACAUACUAGCACUAGCAGCCACACUCGAAUUGAAAACGCUGCUCUUCCAUCUUCCAAUUCUCUUUUAUCACUUGCCAGACCGUUUCUUCCAUCAAGGCGUCGCCUCCGUCUCGAUCCGGCUACCAAUCUAUACUUUCCCUAUGAACCGGGAAAGCAGGUGAGAAGUGCUGUUAGGAUUAAGAACACCAGCAGCAAGUCUCAUGUGGCUUUCAAGUUUCAAACAACAGCCCCAAAGAGCAGUUAUAUGCGACCGCCUGGAGGCAUCCUUGCUCCUCGAGAAAGCAUUAUUGCAACAGUGUUCAAAUAUGUGGAGCAUCCAGAGAACAAUGAAAAACCAUUAACUCAGAAAAGCAAGGCCAAGUUUAAGAUCAUGAGUCUAAAAGUCAAACAAGGGAUUGAGUAUAUACCCGAGCUGUUUGAGGAGCAAAAAGAUGAUGUAACUGUAGAGAGGAUAUUGCGUGUGGUGUUCAUGGAUGUAGAGCGGCCUGGUCCUGCAAUGGAGAAGUUAAAAAGGCAGCUGGCAGAGGCAGAGGCUGCUGUUGAAGCACACAAGAAACCACCUCAUUUGGUGGACACAAAUCCUCCUCCACCAGUCCGAGGAGGAGGAGGGGAUGGCCUUAUUAUAGACGAAUGGAAAGAACGAAGGGAGAAAUACCUAGCAAGGCAACAGGUUGAAGGUGUAGAUUCUGUGUAGUAGUAGUAAUAAUAAUAAUAAUAAGAGAACCACAUAAAAGAACGAUCAGAUCAGAUCAGAUGAGGCUGCCUGCCUGCCUGCCUGCCUGUCUGCCCCUACUUUUCAUAUCAUCAAAUCAAUGUUGUUAACUUGCUUGCUGCUUGCUACCCUCCCCUCCUCUCCUCUCCUUAUUUGUAUAUAUUUAUUUUAUCUGGAGAAGAAAUUAUACAAAUAAUAUAUAUAUAUAUAUAUAGAUUGAAAAUUUCCUCAAAUUUUAUUUUAUGUUCUUGUCUCC